ACACAGCUUUCCUCUACCGAGUGGUAGUCAAUGUUUAACCUAGAUGACUGUGGAGAAAGGAGUCGCUAUCCCACCUGCUGAAGGAGGCUUUUAUUGUCUGUGUGUGCUGUGAACCACAGCGUCUCAGUCUGAGCAUGAACACACACACCCUCAGGACUCCAUGAGGUCCUCCACAGGCUGCCAGGAUGCAAUGGAAUUUCCACGUUUCACCUUCAAUCCAAAGGAAGGGAUAGAUAAUCCAGCUCUGGUCAUCACUGAUGAUCCUGAGCCUGAUCAGAGCCCCAUGCCCAGACUGUGCCAACUGAAGCGUCUGGAGGGGCAGAGCUUUGGUUUCUACCUGCGCAUGGACCAGCGCAGCCAAGGUUUUGAGAUCAGAGAUGUUGAGCCGUGGAGUCCUGCAGAGCACAGCGGCCUCAGAGACGGAGACCGAGUGCUGGAGGUCAACGAAGAAUAUGUGGACAACAUAGACUUCUACAGGGUGGUGAGGAAGAUCCAGUCAUGCGGCUUACACUUGUUCCUCCUGGUGUUGAGGAGGGAAGAGUACGAACAGUCACUGUCUCUUGGCGUGGACUUGCAGACGCUGGCGAAGGCCUCCAAAGGGGACCGCUGGUCGAGACCCAGACUGUGUCACAUCAGCAGACACCCGGUACAUGGCCUGGGAAUAACCAUUGUCUCAGUGGAAGGUCAGAAGGGCCAGUAUACUGUGAGCACAAUGACUGAUGGUCCAGCAGAGAAAGCUGGUGUAUGCACUGGAGACAAACUGAUCUGGAUCAAUGGAGCCAUGGUGUCAACGCUCACACACUCCACUCUCAACAGAACUGUGAAGAAGAGUGAUGACUCAGUGACGGUGCUUGUCAUUGACCGUGAAAGUGAGUCUUGCUAUGUCAGGAGGAAGAUGCCCAUCCUGCCUGUGGUGGCACAAUGCUGCGGCCUCCCCCACACUGCCAAAACCAUGCAUCUGGUUAAAGGACGUGAUGGAUACGGCUUUCUGCUGAGACAAGAGAAGUUGGCAGGCACUCGACGGAUAGUUCAUGUGCUGAGGGAGGUGGAUGUGGGAAGUCCAGCUGAGGGUGCAGGUAUGGAGGAUGGAGACCUGCUGCUAGCUGUCAAUGGGAAACCUGUUGAGUCUAUGGAGCAUGAGGACAUCGUCAAAAAGAUUAGACAGAGUGGUGAUAAAGUCAUUCUCACCUCUAUAUCUAUACGAGGAAGAGACUUUUACAGAGAGUUAGGUAUCUCUCCUGUGUUGUUCCAUGACAAAUGUACACUCCAGGAUGACAGGCAGCAGACUGUCUCCCACUGCACCAAGAACCAGAGUGAAACCCCUCUGAGAGAUGGAGAUGGAUGUCUGACAUAUCCCACAAUGUAUGUUCAGGACAUAGAGGAGGCAGGCUGUGGUUUCCACUCAAACUGUUCCCCGGAUCAGUCAGGAACUUUAACCACACAGAUGUCAGAGAGAACAUGAUGCUUUCUUGUGAUCAAAAUGAACAGAACAUGAAUGACAUCAGCAGACAAGGGAAGAUGAAGAGCUCA